AUGACGGUGUUCGCUCACAACCUCGGUCAUAGUGACGAUUUAAAGCCAUGGCUGAGGGAUGAAAGGUUCAGGGACGGGCGGGUGGGGCCGGGCACCGCUCACCCAGCACAUCGUUGGGAGCGGCGUGGCGGAGAGGAACCCGACCCCCUCGGUUAUGAUGCUUUGAGCUAUUCUGUGGAAAAUGAUGGCAAGUGGAGCGGGAGACAGCUACUGCAAGCAAAUGAGGACAACACGACAGAAGUCCCAGGGGACGGGGGGAAGCUGUAUGUCAGAAAUUGCACUGAACCAGCUCUCCAUGAAUUCCCCAAUGACAUCUUCACGAACGAGGACAGGAGGCAUGGAGCUGUCAUCCUGCAUGUCAUUUGUGCCAUGUAUAUGUUUUAUGCUUUGGCAAUUGUCUGCGAUGAUUUCUUUGUCCCUUCAUUGGAAAAGAUUUGUGAACGCUUGCAUCUUAGUGAAGAUGUGGCUGGGGCGACUUUCAUGGCAGCUGGAAGCUCUGCUCCAGAGUUGUUUACAUCUGUCAUAGGUGUUUUUAUCACAAAAGGAGACGUAGGCGUUGGAACCAUCGUAGGCUCUGCUGUAUUUAACAUUCUCUGUAUUAUUGGUGUGUGUGGGCUGUUUGCAGGACAGGUUGUUGCACUGUCAUCAUGGAGUCUCUUGAGAGAUUCAAUCUACUAUACACUGUCUGUUGUUGCACUCAUUGUGUUUAUUUACGACGAAAAGGUUUCCUGGUGGGAGUCCUUGGUCUUGGUGCUGAUGUAUGCCAUCUACAUCGUUAUCAUGAAGUACAACUCUACCAUACAACACUGCUUGGAAAGGAAGACAAAAAACGCUGCAAACAUGGUGAAUGGAUUGGCAAAUAACACGGAAAUGGAUGAUAACAGCAACUGCGAUGCCACAGUGGUGUUACUAAAGAAAGGUAACUGUUCCAGGAAUUUCCACCGCAAAGCCUCAGUGAUCAUGGUGGAUGAGCUGCUGUCUGCCUACCCACACCAGCUUUCAUUUUCUGAGGCUGGGCUCCGGAUCAUGAUAACCAGCCACUUUCCUCCCAAAACACGUCUCUCCAUGGCCAGCCGCAUGCUAAUCAAUGAGAGACAAAGACUGAUCAACAGCAGGACUUACACCAAUGGUGAAUCAGAAGUAGCAAUCAAAAUACCUAUCAAGCACGUUGUGGAGAAUGGAACAGGUCCAAGCAACUCGUCUGAGCGGGGUGUGAACGGCACACGGCGAGACGAGGACGUGGCUGAGGCUGGCAAUGAGACAGAGAAUGAGAAUGAGGAUAAUGAGAACAAUGAAAAUGAUGAGGAAGAGGAAGAAGAUGAUGACGAUGAUGACCAUGAAGGGCCAUACACACCUUUUGACCUACCCACUGGCAAAAUGGAAAUCUUGAAGUGGCUCUUCACAUGGCCAUUGAGCUUUGUGCUGUAUUUCACAGUGCCCAACUGUAACAAACCCCACUUGGAGAAAUGGUUCAUGGUUACCUUUGCUUCUUCUACCCUCUGGAUUGCAGCUUUCUCCUACAUGAUGGUGUGGAUGGUGACAAUCAUUGGCUACACGCUGGGAAUUCCAGACGUGAUAAUGGGCAUCACUUUCUUGGCUGCAGGAACCAGUGUGCCAGACUGCAUGGCGAGCCUUAUCGUAGCAAGGCAAGGUAUGGGGGAUAUGGCCGUGUCCAACUCCAUUGGAAGCAACGUUUUUGAUAUUUUAAUUGGCCUAGGCCUCCCGUGGGCUUUGCAGACCCUAGCAGUGAAUUACGGAUCAUACAUUCGGUUAAACAGCAGAGGACUCAUCUAUUCUGUUGGUCUCUUGCUGGCAUCUGUUUUUGUCACAGUUUUCGGCGUGCACAUGAACAAAUGGAAACUGGAUAAGAAGCUAGGGUGCGUGUGCCUUUCCCUGUAUGGCAUCUUCCUGUGUUUCUCCAUCAUGACAGAAUUCAAUGUUUUCACUUUUGUGAACUUGCCCAUGUGCAGAGAUCACUAA